AUGAAGCUCUUCAUGUGCUUCGGCGGCGCGGCGCCCGUGGCCGAUGACGAGGCAGCUGCGGAGGAGGAGGCGGCUGCUCGUCGCCGGGGCAAGCGUGCCGGCCGGAGGCCGUCGUCGUCGUCGUUCCGGUGGAAGUGCUUCUUUCCCGGGAAGCUGCAGGGCAAGAAGAAGAAGAGGCCGUCGUCGCCACCGCCGGCGGCCGAGGCCAAGAAGCGGGGGGUGGACAUGGACGACUCGGGCGGCGGCGGCGCGUUCACGGCGUCGUCCUCGUCCUCGUCGCGGCUGAGCUCCGCGUCGUCGUCCUUGUACUCGUACUACUCUUCCUCCCCCUCCACGCCCGCUCAUCGCUCCUCCGCCGUCUCGUGCUCGCCGACAGCCUCGGGGGCGCUAUCUCCGGCGCCACCGGCGAGGCGGCACGCGAAAGGCUCGUCGUCGUCGACGUCGCCGGCGGCAGGUGCGGCGGCCGUGGUGCUGUGCCUCCUCUUGAUGGUGUUCUGCGGCCGGGUCGGGGCCACGCUGCUCACGCCCACGGCGCUCUACCUCUUCCCGCUGCGGUGGCCGGCGAAAGCUCAUAGGGACAAAGAAGCCCUGGACUCGCUCCAGUGUCCAGUGCGACGCAGAGGAGGAGACGCCGGGCCCAAGAGGAAGGUGUCUGUGGGGUAG